AUGGCUGAAGAAGAAACACCACGCUUCGAUGAUAACGAAGAGGAUAACGGUGAAGGGUAUUCUUCUGAGCAACUCAAUGACGCUUUACGCGAUAUGUAUGAGUUAUUCUCCCAAUUUAAAGACAACGCUAAUAUCGAAACUAUUCAUGUCAAUCGUUUAAUGGAAACGUUACAAGCUUUCGGUCGAAAUCCUUCUCAAGCUGAUUGCAACAAACGCAUUCGUGAACUGGAAGAAGAUGGAAAAUUUGAGUUAACAUUUGAAGAUCUCUUGCAAUUACUCGAUGAAUCGUGGACAUUGGUCAACAAUGAUCGCGAUGUUCUCCGUCAAGCAUUCGCCAAAUUCGAUCGUACACAACAUGGGUUCAUUGAUAUCGAACAUUUCCGAACAGUUAUGCGAACACUUGGUGAACCGUUAACCGACGAUGAGAUCGAUGGAUUAAUUCAAUUGGGUUUAAAUGAUGAACAUAAACAAAUCAAUAUUGAACAUCUACUUGAUCGACUGCUUGGAAGUGAAGAAUAA